AUGUCGUCCAUCCCAUCCAACGACGCCGAGUGGGCCGCGGCAAUUUCAUUGUUGAAGGACCGCGGACCUGAAAGGCCAUUGUCGCCGCCCGCAUGCCCUUUGGGAAUGCCGGCCAUGAUCGACCACACCUUGUUGAAAGAGCCAACCGAGCCGGAACAAAUUGAUGCGCUUUGCGAGGAAGCUCGAGAAUACAAAUUUGCGACUGUCUGCGUCCGACUGGGCUAUGUGGCCCAAGCUGCUGCCAACCUCAAGGACACAUCUGUCGGGGUGGCCUGUGUGGUGGGGUUCCCCGAGGGCACCCACGAUACGCAAGACAAAGUGAAAGAAGCACGCGAGGCAGUCGAGCAAGGCGCCCGGGAAUUGGAUAUGGUCAUCAAUUACCCGAAACUGAAAAACGGCGAAUACACAGCCGUCUACGAUGAUAUCCUGGCGGUGCGCACAGUCGCACCAGCGCCCGUUCUCCUCAAAACGAUUAUCGAAGCAUCGGAACUCGACAAGGACGAGAUCAUUGCUGCUACCAUUAUAGCCUGCAUGGCUGGAGUCGAUUUUGUGAAGACUAGUACUGGGUAUAAAGGUCCCGCAACUCUUGAUUAUAUCAUGACUAUGCGGAUUGCCCUUCGGGCGGCCGGCUACCCGAGUGUUGGAAUCAAGGCGAGUGGUGGAAUUAGGAAUGCCACUGACAGUCUACGGAUGGUGAAGGCUGGUGCAACGCGGAUCGGAACCAGUGCGGGAGUCAACAUCGUGCGCGAGUUUGAAAAUGGAGAAAUCUUGGAGCAAGAAGCUAGCCAUGCUGCGUACUAG